AUGAUCUUCACCAAGACAGUUCUUUUCGCUUUACUUGUUGCUGCAACCAUUGUUUUGGCAUAUCCUGUCCCGUCCCUGGAAGCACGAAGUGGAAAUGGGGUGUAUGGAGGGGAUGAUGCGUCCCAGUCCGAUGUAGCGCUGUCCGAUGUAGCGGAGGUGGGGCAUGAUCCGCCCAUGCAAGGUGGAGCACCUAUUAGUAACAAGCCCCCGGAUACUCCCUCCAAAUUCCAUCAUUUCGGGGACAAGAUAAUCCCCCGGAUACUCCCUCCCCGAAUAAUCCCCCAGAUAAUCCCCCGGAUAAUCCCUCCCCGAAUAAUCCCCCAGAUAAUCCCCCGGAUAAUCCCUCCCCGAAUAAACCCCCGAAUAAACCCUCCAUAUUCCAUUAUCUUCAAGGUGGGCCUGCAUAAACCCCCGAAACCCCCGAAUACUCGAUCCAAGUUUCAAAGCUACAUGCUCGAGAAGGGCAUGCGUGAACCCAAGGAGGGAAAUUAUCUCGAGGCGGGAAAGUCGUACCAGAAGCUCGAAGCCUUUCACGACCAAGAGCUCAAGACCGCUGAGAUUUUGGGGGACCCGAAGCGGAAACAUGACUUUCGUGGGGCCAAAGCCGAGGCUGUCCACAAAAAGGAAUCUGCAUUUGAGGCCGGUGAAGGUAGAUCGAUAGUUGGGCCCCUCUCUGAAAAAUCGAAGAAGAUGCACCAGGACUUCGAGAACCUGCAGCGCUCCGGGUUGGUACGGCAAAAUCCUCUUGCAUUGGCACUGCAUCCUCCUCUUGCAACGGCACCGCAUCCUCCUCUUGCAAUGGCACCGCAUCAUGCUCUUGCAUUGGCACCGCAUCAUGCUGUUGCAUAG